CUGCCCUGCUGCAGCUGGAGGAGCUAAGGGAGCAGAGCGUGGUGGGGAGGGGAGCGGGGACCGCGACCCUGAAGCCAAUUUCCGCGGCCUCUCCCCACCAGGCGGCCCUGGAUCACCAAAGGCACCUCUAGUCCCUGCAUGCAGACCUUUCUCCUCUUUUGUAGACUUCCUUGCAUCCCUCUCGCCCUUGCCCUCCCCACCCUUCCCUGGGCUCCGGAACGCUACUCUAUCUUCAGUCUAGGAUCAGCCCUUCUCGGCACUUCUCUUCAUUAAGGAAAUGCAAUGAGCCGGUGCUCUGGCGUCCUCAUCGCUGCCCCGGGCACGGUACCCGUCUGGUGGUGGGGUGGGAGCCCCUCACUGUCCCUUCGUGACGCGCCUCCUUUGGGCCUUCCUCCAGCUGGUGUCCCUGGGGGAUGCCCCAGAGGACCUAGCCAGGAGGUGGGCUUUACAGCAAGGGCGCUGGAAAGGAUAAAGAACGGGGCCUUGGGCGCCUCUGAGAUGAUCCCAAGUAUCAAGGGGAACCGAGCGAGGUAUGGGCAACCGGGCGGCAGGCAUGAUGCCCUCGCCCAGUGACUCCAGCCGCUCGCUGACCAGCCGGCCCAGUACCCGGGGCCUUACCCACCUCCGCCUCCACCGACCCUGGCUGCAGGCCCUGCUCACGUUGGGGCUAGCCCAGGUGCUCUUAGGCAUCCUGGUGGUAACCUUCAGCAUGGUGGCCUCCUCUGUCACCACCACCGAGAGCAUCAAAAGGUCCUGCCCGUCUUGGGCUGGGUUCUCGCUGGCGUUCUCCGGGUUGGUUGGCAUUGUGUCCUGGAAGCGUCCAUUCACUCUAGUGAUCUCUUUCUUCUCUUUGCUAUCGGUGCUCUGUGUCAUGCUCAACAUGGCUGGCUCCGUUCUUUCCUGUAAGAAUGCCCAGCUGGCUCAGGACUUCCGAGAAUGCUCCACGGAAGGGAAGGUCUGUGUGUGCUGCCCCCCUAUUCCUCUACACAGACCCUGUCCAGAGUGGGGCCAGGAGCUGAAAGUUGCCCUUAACUCCACCUGCGAUGAAGCCCGCGGGGCCCUCAAGAACCUCCUCUUCAGUGUCUGUGGGCUCACCAUUUGUGCCGCAAUAAUCUGUACCCUCUCUGCUAUUGUCUGCUGUGUCCAGAUCUUCUCCCUGGACCUGGUGCACAUGCAGCUGGCCCCUGAACGCUCAGUCUCAGGCCCCCUAGGGCCCCUGGCUUGUACAUCUUCGCCUCCAGCUCCUCUCCUCCACACCAUGCUGGACUUGGAGGAGUUUGUCCCUCCCGUGCCCCCACCACCCUACUAUCCUCCAGAGUAUACCUGCAGCUCAGAAACAGAUGCACAAAGCAUCACCUACAAUGGCUCCAUGGAUAGCCCAGUGCCCUUGUACCCUACUGACUGCCCUCCUUCUUAUGAGGCCGUUAUGGGGCUACGAAGAGACAGCCAGGCCACUUUGUUUGAUCCUCAGCUUCAUGAUGGCUCCUGUGUCUGUGAGCGGGUGGCCUCCAUUGUAGAUGUGUCCAUGGACAGCGGGUCCCUGGUGUUGUCAGCCAUUGGCGACCUCCCUGGGGGCUCUAGCCCAUCAGAAGACUCAUGCCUGCUGGAACUCCAGGGCUCUGUGCGCUCCGUCGAUUAUGUGCUCUUCCGCUCCAUCCAGCGCAGCCGAGCAGGCUACUGCCUUAGCCUGGACUGCGGCCUGCGGGGCCCCUUUGAAGACAGCCCCUUGCCACGGCGGCCCCCACGGGCUGCCCGCUCCUAUUCCUGCUCAGCCCCCGAAGCCCCACCCCCACUGGGUGCCCCCACAGCUGCUCGCAGUUGCCACCGAUUGGAGGGCUGGCCGCCCUGGGUGGGACCUUGCUUCCCCGAGCUGAGACGGCGGGUUCCCAGAGGAGGCAGCCGCUCAGCUGCACCCCCUCCUGCCCGAGCUCCAACUCGACGCUUCAGCGAUAGCUCAGGUUCCCUCACCCCGCCCGGGCACCGGCCUCCUCACCGGACACCUCCCCCCCCACUGCUGCUGCCAAGGUCUCACAGCGACCCAGGCAUCACCACCUCCAGCGACACUGCUGACUUCAGGGACUUCUAUACCAAAGUGCUUGACGAAGAAGCCGCCUCUCUCUCCUCUGCAGACACAGGGCUCUGUUCUGAAGCCUGCCUUUUCCGCCUAGCCCGUUGCCCUUCCCCCAAGCUGCUACGUGCCCGCUCAGCUGAGAAACGCCGCCCAGUGCCCACUUUCCAGAAGGUGCCUCUGCCUUCAGGUCCUGCACCUGCCCACUCUCUAGGGGACCUGAAAGGAAGCUGGCCAGGCCGAGGCCUAGUCACUCGUUUCUUUCAGCUGUCCAGGAAGUCCCCAGAUCCCGCAGGAAAUGCAGCCCAUGGACAUAAACAGGUGCGCAGGAGCCCCUGGGGACGAUCAGGUCGGGAGAGCCUCCACCUUCGUAGCUGUGGUGAUUUGAGUUCUGGCUCCUCCUUAAGGCGACUCCUGUCAGGCCGCCGGCUGGAACACGGUGUGCGCCCACACAGCCUUAGCCUCAAUGGAGGCAGCCGAGAGACUGGGCUCUGAUUUGGGCUUAUACCAAUGACCAGAUCCAGACAAAUGCUGGAGCCACAGGCAUUGGCUGGUUGGGACCAGCAGCCCUGUGUACCCGCUGACUCAAAAAGAAACCUGCUGCCGGGCAGUGGUGGCGCACGCCUUUAAUCCCAGCACUUGGGAGGCAGAGGCAGGCGGAUUUCUGUGAGUUCGAGACCAGCCUGGUCUACAAGAGCUAGUUCCAGGACAGGCUCCAAAACCACAGAGAAACCCUGUCUCGAAAAACCAAAAAAAAAAAAAAAAAAAAGAAACCUGCUGUAUCCCCUCCAAGGCCUGCCUUUCCUGCCUGCCUGUGGGGCUCCUUCUGCUUGCCUAUGUCCCUAUGGGCAGCAGAGCUUCUGUCCCGUGCUGCAUGGGUGUUCAAGCUGCGGGAGGAGAUGCCGCUGCUUACAGCAUUGAUGGAGGAAACUUAGUGACGGUCCCCAGCAUGAGAAUGCCUCUUCCUGAUAGUCAGUGGCUGAGUGUUGGCGAUCAGGUAGAUUUGUGCCUUGCUAUGUGGUGGCGAGGACGGCUAGACGAGACAUGAAUCUAGGUGGCUUUUCAACUCUGCCAUCUCUAGCUGCAUGACCUCGGGCAAGUUAUUUAAUCUUAAUUGCCUGACCUGUGAAACAUUGUGAACAUGAAUGUUUGUAACACUGAGUAAGCCUUCAAUAAAUUUCAAUUUCUCCCUU